UGCUUUACAGCAGUCCAUUUCUGCUUGUCUUUGUCCAAGUACUUGGCCAUAUUCUCAUCCUUCCACAUACAACUACCCGUCCGCCCAGUUCUCGCAUCCUCUCGUUUCGACGGCCUCUGCUCUGGACUUUGGGAGCAUUCGCAACAUGACUUGAGUCUCCACCUCUCUACAGCCCCGUAUCGCAACACGCUCUAGUCUUCACCAGCCACCUUCGCUUCCAAGAGAGCAGCCACCUCGGACAACACGAUACUACUACACCAUAUCGACGCCCAACCGUCUCUCGAUCUUCGUCUUCAGCUUCGCUACGGCUGGAUCGACUAGGCUUGUGAUCGUUGCCCAAGACCCUUAUCUCACACUGAUCCUCGACCUUUUCAACUUUCACAACUUUCGCUAUGGUCGCCUCGCGACUACUGGCUCUGGCCAUCACACUUCUAGCUGCCAUACAACCUGCAAUAGCUGCUAGCAGCAGUAGUACUCGCUAUGUUACAACCACGAAUGCCGACGGCCAGACCGUCUAUUUACCAGAUGAUCGACGACCAUCACUCUAUACCGGACGAUUCGGAGAUUGCAAGGGUUCGAGUGCUGUCAAUGUCACUCGCUUCGAUGCUGCGUAUUACAAAGACAAUAUGACCGUGCUGUUCCAUUUGGCAGGCAACACGGCCAUUGCUAAUGAGAGCUUGAUGAUGUACAUUGGUGUCUAUGCGUACGGAGAAGGUCGUUUUGAUCUAACCUUUGAUCCGUGCAGUGCUAAUAUUGGAAGCUUGUGUCCGCUGAACGCAAGUAUUCCCAUCGAGGCCAACGGCAUCAUUCCUGUCGCUCAAUCCGAUGUCGCUGCUAUUCCUCCGAUCGCUCUUUCCAUUCCAGACUUUGAAGGCGAGGCCAUUCUCCGUAUCUUUGCCAACUCGACCCAAGCCGAAAUUGGCUGUUACUCGGCUGUCGUUACCAAUGGCGCUUCUUUCUCACAGCCCAAGUCUGUUGGAUCAGUGCUCGGGGCCUUCGCCCUCAUCGCACUAAUUGCUUCUUUUGCAACGGCCGUCUAUGGCGAUAGUGUGCCUGUUAUGCGCAAGCACUAUGCCCACUCGCUUUCUGUAUUGGUCGUCUUCUCUGUCUUUCAACAUGUCUACUUUACUGGAGCUCUUUCUAUGAACUGGCCCAGUGUUCUCGUUGCAUGGUGGAGCAACUUUGCCUGGUCAGCAGGCAUGAUCCAUUCCAGCUCGAUGCAACGCUCCAUUGACAAGCUCAUCGGUAACAACAUCGGCAACACUUCACAUGUCGGUGCUGCGGGUUCCGGAACCAACCAGGACGGUGUUGGAGGUGGCUUUGACAUUUCGUCAAUCUACAGAAGAAGCUUGUCUUUAAGAAGAGACCUUGCUUGGGACAUUUAUCAGCGCGAUCAUUCCAUCGAGCUGAAGCGUGAUGUCAUCUCGCGUGCCGUGGAGAACCAACUUCUCAGGAGAGAUCUUGCUAACAGCUCCACCGGAUUCACCUGGUAUGGCCAGCCAGUCCAAGCCGGUCUGCCUCUGCCUGGAAACUAUUCUGGAUUUGCUGGAACCCUGGCUCAAGAGAACAUUCGAGUCUCUAACGCAUUCAUGACUGGAUUCUUGUGGCUUCUAAUCCUUCUCGUCAUCCUUGUCGCUGCUGUUGUUGCUUUCAAGUGGGUUCUUGAAGCCUUCGUCGCCAUCAAGCUGAUGAAGAAUGAGCGUCUAACCUUCUUCCGACAACACUGGUUGGGAUACACUGCUCUAGUCGCCCUCAGGAUCCUCUUCAUCUCAUUCUUCAUGAUGAUGCUUCUCACCAUGUUUCAGUUCUCGUACCAGAGCUCUGGCGGUGUGAAAGCUGUUGCGGCCAUUGUGUUCAUUCUGUUCUUCGUUGGCAUCCCCGCAUGUGUCAUCUACGCCAUUCUUGCUGGGCGGGCCGUCCAAGGCCACACGCCCAAAUCCGAAUCGUCACCAGAGCAAAUCGAAGGAAGACAGCCACCUAAGUUCCUUGCAAAACUCGGUAUCAAGAAGCCCAUCACCAUGAAGAUGCCAUCUGUUUCACUGCGCCGCAAGGAAUCGCACGUUCAUGAGGACCAUACCUCUGUUCACGACAACGAAGAGUAUGUCAUGAGAUUUGGGUGGCUCGCUGCUCGCUUCCGCCGAACAAGAUGGUGGUUCUUCGCUGUUUGGACUCUUUACGAGUUCAUUCGAGCCUGCUUCUAUGCUGGUGCUUCUGGAUCGCCCAUGACUCAAGUCUUCGGGCUCCUAGUCGUUGAGUUCCUCUUCUUCGCGUUCAUUCUCUGGGCUAGGCCCUUCGAGGGUCAGCGUCUCAAUCUCCUUGUUGUCUACCUUCUUGGGUUCAGCAAAGUCGCCACCGUGGCGUUAUCUUCCGCUUUCAACAUCGCCUUCAAUCUGGAGCGCAUCACCACAACAGUCAUCGGCAUCGUCAUCAUCGUGAUUCAAGGAGUCUUGGUUAUUGUUACCAUGAUUGCUAUCCUCGUUGGUGCUUUCUCAUCGUACAUGUCAAUCACCCGCAAUCAUGAAGACUUCCGUCCGAGAAGAAUGGUAGGUGUUCGUGAGAAAUACUUCAAGCACCUCGAUCGUGUUGCAACAGACGUCCCUAGGCCGCCCAAGCCAGAGAAGGUCGAGGCAAUUCCCGAAGAGCCCAAAGGACCGUACUUUUCGGUCUCUCAAGUCCGUCGUGUGGCUAAGAUUGAGGAUGAGGAUCCAGACUUUGUCGCCGAGAUGGCAAUGCUUCAUCACGAAGAUGAUUUGGAAGCGGAUUCGCCACAUGCUUCGUACUCUGCACUGCCCAUGAGAUCACAAACACCUGGUAUGGAGGUUGGAGAGUCGUCGCAGACUCCCAUCCGCCGUGGUCGCGCGGCCAGCGGUGUGAGCUACAGAAGUACAAGUGGGAGCUACUCGAACCUGCCUCGUGGAGCCCGUCUACACCGACCUAGUUGGACCUCGCGCGACUUCUCUGAGACAAGAGAUGAUCGUUCGGGUACACCUAUCGACAUGACUAGGAAUGUGCCUGAGGACGAUGUCGCAUUUGCCACACCGACGAGGUCUGGCUCGCGUACGCCCAAGAGGAGAUCGGUGACAAUGCCAACUUCGACGCUCCCUCCCAUGCCCAUCGUGGAGAACAUGCAACUCGGUGGCGACUUUAGCACAAGGGAUGUUAUCGCAGACGUGCCCACGCCGACAAUCAGACCUCGUUCGGGGACCUUCAGCGGAAGCCGCAACAUCACACCCACGCCAGGAGAUAGGAAUUCGUUCCAUACCAGAUCGACUACGCUCGAUAUGCCAGCGCGAGACCAUAGGGGACCUUUGACGCCCGCAGUGGAGCACGAUGAGGAACUUUACCACUAAACACUGUUUUGUUUCUUUGUCUCACAUCAAAUACCCGCAACAAAUGUUGCAUCUCUCCUUCGGAAUUUUCAUCUUAGCAUUGCAUAUGGCGCUUGGGACUCGCUUUGUUUUGGAGGUCAAGGCGCUAUACCACAACACUCCUUCUUACCUUUUUGCUCUCUUUGUUCAUAACGAAUGCACAUGAUAUAUACGACAUGAUAUAUAAUAGGACUCUGUUAGACAGAGGGGAAAUAACAAGUUCAGUAGACGCACGAAAUCACUAUC